GUGAAGAGAAGGUGAAUGAGGUGGAGAAGAAUCAGAAAGCCUACAAAUACCCCCUUGGUCGAUCUCAUCCUCAACCUCAAAACAUAUAAGCUCGAACAAAAGCUUCUCUUCUCUCUUAAUAUCUCCUUUGGCAAGCUAUCUCAGGCAUUAAGCUCUUCGACACAUUUGCAGCCUCCAACAUAUGGGAACCUAAUCACUGUUCUCAGCAUCGACGGCGGUGGAAUCCGAGGGGUCAUUCCCGCAACUAUAUUAAGCUUCCUUGAGUCCGAACUUCAGAAGCUGGAUGGGGAAGAGGCAAGGAUUGCAGAUUAUUUUGACGUGAUUGCAGGAACAAGCACUGGCGGUCUAAUAACAGCAAUGCUCACGAGCCCUGAUGAGAAAAAUAGACCCAUGUUUGCUGCCAAGGACAUUAAGGAAUUUUACCUUAAGAACUGCCCUAAGAUAUUUCCUCAGGACAGUUAUACUCCAUUUGCUUCCGCUGAGAAGAUUGUGACAGCUGUGAUGGGGCCAAAAUACAACGGGAAGUACUUGCACAGCCUCGUCAAGGAAAAAUUGGGAGACACGAGACUGCACGAGACGCUGACGAACAUUGUAAUCCCAACGUUCGACAUCAAGCAGCUUCAGCCGACCAUCUUUUCUAGCUAUCAGUUGAAGAAGAAGCCCACCCUUGAUGCAAAACUCUCAGAUAUUUGCAUUGGGACAUCGGCAGCACCGACUUAUCUCCCUGCACAUUACUUCCAAAAUGAGGAUCACACAGGGGCCGUAAGAGAAUUCAAUCUCAUCGAUGGUGGUGUAGCCGCAAAUAAUCCGACUCUAGUUGCAAUGAGUGAGGUGACAGAAGAGAUAAACAGGGGAAGUCCCGACUUUUUCCCGAUAAAGCCGAUGGACUAUGGGAGGUUUCUGGUGAUAUCACUGGGAGCAGGCUCUGCGAAAGCUGCACAAAAGCACACUGCAAAAGAAGCAGCAAAAUGGGGCGUACUGGGUUGGCUAACGGCCGGGGGUUCCACACCGCUCAUCAAUGUGUUCACUCAGGCCAGUGCCGACAUGGUCGAUCUUCAUCUAUCAGUGGUCUUCCAGGCACUCCACACCGAGAAGAACUAUCUUCGGAUUCAGGAUGACACAUUGCAUGGAGUAGUUUCUUCGGUCGACAUAGCAACGAAGGAGAACAUGGACGAUCUCCUCAAAAUCGGGGAAGGAUUGUUGAAGCAGCCCGUCUCCAGGGUGAACCUGGACAGGGGUCUGGUCGAGCCAACUGAUCGGGAGACAAACGAAGAGGCUCUAAGAAGGUUUGCAAGGCUACUAUCUGACGAGAGGCAUCUUCGUCUUGCUAGGUCACCCCAUGGCCGUGCACAUAAUCCGUAGUCGCGUCCCGCAACAUACCAAUUAUUAAUCCUCUAAAUUUAUUUAUUUUUGUAUUAUUAUUCUUUUGUAUUUCAAUAAAGCGAUUGCAAGGGAAAUGAUGUCGAUCCA